AUGUCCCAGUUGAACGCAUCAUUGCUAAGGCUUAAAUUAUUGGAUGCGUUGAGAAGUGGAAACAAUGAUAAAGUUGGAGCAAUAAUCCAGGAAUUAUCAUCCACGGCGUCCACAACGCAUACUACGGAUAUUGCUCUUUUGAAGCAAACAAUCUUACACUAUGCGGUUCAAGUGGCGCCAAUGUCUACAUUGGAGUAUUUGAUCAAAAAUUCUAGAGAAUUUGACCUUAACAUCAACUCACAGGAUAGAGAUGGUAACACACCGUUGCAUCUUGCUGCUUUAUCGUCGAGAAUGGAGGUUGUUAAAUAUCUUUUGUCAUUACCGGAUAUCAACGAUACUAUUGUGAAUUUGAAAAAGAAGCAACCUGUGGAAUUAUGUAAAGAUAUGACUAUUAUUCAAUUGAUGCAGUUUGAAAGAGCCAAGUUUGUUGAGACGGCUGCUUGCAAAUUACGUCAAUAUUUUAGUGACAGAGACUUUGAGAAUUUAGAAGCAUUAUUAGUGCACAAUUCGAGGGCCUCUGAAUUAUUAGAUAUCAAUGGAGCAGAUCCAGACACGGGAAACACAGUCUUGCAUGAGUUUAUUAAAAAGGAUGAUAUCCAAAUGUGUGACUGGAUUUUAAGACAUGGUGGAGAUCCGUUCAAGAGAGACAAGAGAGGAAAAUUACCUAUUGACUUGAUUAAUGGAAAGAACGACCCAUUAAAGAAGCUAAUUAAAUCAGCAUCGAAAGACGAAAAUAUAAUGGAUCCGGUAAUAAACACUAAUAAUGCAAUCAAAUCGGGGGGUGCUCCAACAUACAAAGGAUAUCUUAGAAAAUGGACAAAUUUUGCUUCUGGUUAUAAGUUGAGGUAUUUCGUAUUAGACCAGAAUGGGAUUUUAUCUUAUUAUGCUAAUCAAGAUGAUACGAAUAACUCUUGUAGAGGUUCCUUGAAUUUAGGUUUCGCUACCUUACAUUUAGAUUCAUCCGAAAAGUUAAAGUUCGAAAUAAUUGGUAAAAAUGAUAUUAGAUGGCAUUUAAAAGCAAACCAUCCAAUAGAAACCAAUAGGUGGGUAUGGACAUUGCAAAAUGCGAUUACAAUUGCUAAGGACAAUUUGAAGAAAAGAAAUCCUGAAAAGCAACACCAAUCUCCCGAGGAAUUCCAUGAGAAGAAAAGUCGUCACAAAUUGCAUAUUCCAGGACGUACCAAGCAUAAAAGAGCUGGCAGCCUGGUUUCUGUCAAUUCGGCGAGUAGCUUUGAAGAUGAGGGUCCAGUGUCAAGGGCAAGUACUUUUUCGACUAUUUCCGGGGGCACGGUUGGUGAUUCAGACACCAAGCCAGCUGCUGGCAGCGUAUCUCCAAACUUGACCCAAAUUAAAGAAAACAAAAUUCCAUCUAGGUUCAGCGAAGAUCGUCCAAAUUUUGACGUUCCUGAUUAUGAUUUGGAUGAUAUAGACGGUGCGUACGAUAGUGAGAAUGAUUCGUUAGAUCAAAGGGGAGAUUUAGCGUCAAAUGAUUUGAGCAAUUCUCAGUUAGGUGAUCAGAUUUCUUCAACAAGACGUUUGUUGGAUAUCGAGAUGUCAAGUCUUUUGGAUGUAUUCAAGAACUCACUGGCAACCGAUACCCAGGACUUAGAUAUCUCGUCUGUCGGCGCAAAUACUUUAGCCCUUAUUCAAGAAUUAUUUUUAAAAUAUGAUUCAUUGAUAAAUUCAAGAGAUAAAUUUGUAUCACGUAAAUUAGAGAGGCAAUUAGAAGUUAAUAGACUUUGGGAGAAUUCUAUUCGUCAACUAGAAAACGAAAUUGCACAACGGGAAGAGAAACUCUUAGAAUUUGAGGACAAGAAAAAGCAAUUGAGAAAAUACUUUUCAAGCGGAGCUACCGUAAGGACCCCGGGUAGUUCGACUCCAAACGUUGUUGAGCAAGGUGCUAAAUCUGAUUUGGGGCCAGCUGGUAUUAUUGGUUUACAUAACCAAUCCGUAUCAGUAGACGCACCCAAAGGCACUGAAAAUCAAUCAGUUCCAGAAGGAAAUGAUUAUUUCGAAAACCAUGAUGAAAUCGAUAAUGGCAGAGUUGUGCAAGACAUUUUACAUGACGAUUCAGAGGAUGAAUUUUUCGAUGCCGAUGAAUUUGAAGAGAGCAAUGAAGAUCUUGAAACUGAAACAGCCCUCUCUACCGAUAAUGAUACAAGACCUUCCACUAACAAGGCAGCUAUAGCAGGUGGUGUUGCGGGUGGUGUUGCAGGUGGUGCUGCUAUUGCAAGUGGACAUAAUGAUGAUGAAUCUACUUAUUCAACUGCUACGAAAGUUGAUGAUGAUUCAAGGGUCGAAAAAUCAAAAGAUAAUAUUUCUAAAGAAGACGAUUUAAAUGCUGUUGAGGCUGAAGUAUACACUAAGAGUCAGAAAUAUAAACUUGAUAAAAUUAACGAGGAAGGUUCCUUCUUGGGUUAUGAAAACCCACCAAGAGAUAGGUUAGGCUUAAGUGAAGAUAAUAGACCUCAAAUCGGUUUAUGGGGAAUUUUGAAAUCUAUGAUUGGUAAAGAUAUGACAAAAAUGACAUUACCUGUUUCCUUUAACGAGUGUACAUCUUUGUUACAAAGAUUGGCAGAAGAUAUUGAAUACUCAACCUUAUUAGAUAAGGCGGCCCAAAUAGAUGAUUCAACUUUACGUAUGGUGUAUGUGGCUGCGUUUGCUGCAUCAGAAUACGCAUCUACUAUUAACAGAAUUGCUAAACCUUUCAAUCCACUAUUAGGAGAAACUUUUGAAUAUUGUCGUCCAGAUCAUAAAUACAGAUUAAUUGUGGAACAGGUAAGCCACCAUCCACCGAUCAGUGCAUGUAGUGCAGAAUCAGUGAAUUGGGAUUACUAUGGUGAAAAUGCUGUUGCUUCAGCAUUUAAGGGUAGAUCAUUUGAUUUCAAACAUCUUGGUAAAAUGUUCUGUGUUAUAAGACCUAAUAACGGAGUUAAAGAUAAAGAAGGCAAAGUUGUUGAUGAGGAAUUGUAUAGUUGGAAGAAAGUUAACACAUCAGUGGUUGGCAUUAUGGUUGGUAAUCCAACAGUAGAUAAUUUUGGUAAGAUGGAAGUUACAAAUCAUACAACUGGUGAUAAGAUCAUUGUCGAUAUGAAACAAAGAGGUUGGAGAGCUUCGUCAGCUUAUCAGUUAUCGGGACAUGUUGUUGACAAAUCUGGUAAGACGCAUUGGGCUAUAGGUGGUCAUUGGAACUCUAAAAUAUUUGGUAAGAAAGUUAUUGGUAAUCCCGAAGAAGAAAAUAAAAGACGUAAUUCAUUGGUCGACUCUGAAUCCGUUGGUAAUUCAAAGACUUCGAAUGAUCCAGAAAGUGGUAAUAAAUUCUUAGUUUGGCAAGCAGCUCCAAGACCUAAAGUGCCAUUUAAUUUAACUUCCUUCGCCAUAACCUUAAAUGGUAUUGAUAACAACUUGAAGCGUUAUUUACCUCCAACUGAUACUAGACUCAGACCUGAUCAAAGAGCGAUGGAAGAUGGUAAAUACGACCUUGCAUCCGAUGAGAAGGUUAGAGUAGAGGAGAAGCAAAGAGGAGCAAGAAAGAAUAGAGAGUUAGCUAAGAAAUCCUAUAAACCAAAUUGGUUCGUCAAGAGUAAGCAUCCUGUUACUGGUGAUGAUUAUUGGGAAUUCCAAGAUGAGUAUUGGAAACUUAGAAGGGACGGAAAGUUAGAGCAUUGUGGUGAUAUAUUUUAA